AACUGGGGCUCCCAGGAAGAGGAUGCUGCCUAGUGCUGGGGUUCAUGUACAAGGAGAAGUACCGCAGGAUGACUGAAGGUCAAGCAUCGUCCUUCACGCAGCAGCCCCAGGACCAGGUGGUGAUCGCGGGGCAGCCGGUGACGCUGCUGUGCUCCAUCCCCGAGUACAAUGGCAUCGUGCUGUGGAUUAAGGACGGGCUGGCCCUCGGCGUCGGACGGGAUCUCUCAAGUUACCCACGCUAUCUGGUCGUAGGAGACCACCUGUCUGGAGAGCAUCACUUGAAGAUCCUGAGAGCCGAUCUCCAAGAUGACGCUGUCUAUGAGUGCCAGGCCAUUCAAGCGGCCAUCCGAUCCAGACCUGCCCGGCUGACUGUUCUCGUUCCUCCAGAUGAUCCUGUCAUCAUGGGAGGCCCCAUCAUCAGCCUGAGAGCAGGAGACCCCCUCAACCUGACCUGCCACGCAGACAACGCCAAGCCAGCGGCCUCCAUCGUCUGGAUGCGGAAAGGAGAGGUCGUCAACGGAGCCACCUACUCCAAGACGCUUCUCCGCGACGGCAAGCGGGAGAGUAUCAUGAGCACCCUUUUCAUCGCCCCCUCCGACAUUGAGAACGGGGAGAACAUCGUCUGCCGCGCCACCAACAAAGCCAUUCCCGGCGGGAAGGAGACCUCCGUCACCAUUGACAUCCAGCACCCCCCCCUGGUGAACUUGUCCGUGGAGCCGCAGCCGGUCCUAGAGGAUAACACUGUGAAGUUCCACUGCUCGGCCAAGGCCAACCCUGCCGUCACCCAGUACAGGUGGGCGAAAAAAGGCCAGGUUAUAAAGGAAGCGUCCGGUGACUUCUACGAAACCAUCGUGGACCACACCUUCUUCUUCGAGCCCGUCUCCUGCGAGGUCACCAACGCGCUGGGCAGCACAAACAUCAGCAGGACCGUGGAUGUCUACUUUGGGCCGAGGAUGGCGACAGAACCGCAGUCCCUCCUCGUCGACCUGGGCUCCGACGCGGUCUUCAACUGUGCCUGGACUGGGAACCCGUCUCUCACCAUCGUCUGGAUGAAGCGAGGCUCAGGAGUGGUCCUGAGCAACGAGAACAAGCUGACCCUGAAGUCCGUCCGCCAGGAAGACGCUGGGAAAUACGUGUGCCGAGCCGUGGUCCCGCGGGUGGGCGCGGGGGAGCGGGAGGUGACGCUCACCGUCAACGGGCCACCCAUCAUCUCCAGCACCCAGACACAGCACGCCCUGCACGGCCAGAAAGGGCAGAUCAAGUGCUUCAUCCGCAGCACCCCGCCGCCGGACCGAAUUGCUUGGUCCUGGAAGGAGAACGUCCUGGAGUCUGGGACCUCCGGGCGCUACACGGUGGAGACGGUCAGCACGGACGAGGGCGUUAUCUCCACGCUGACCAUCAGCAACAUCGUCCGGGCUGAUUUCCAAACCAUUUACAACUGCACCGCCUGGAACAGCUUUGGCUCCGACACGGAGAUCAUCCGGCUGAAAGAGCAAGGUACGGAAAUGAAAUCAGGAGCUGGUAUGCAAGCAGAUCUGAAAGGCGUGGUCUCGGCCAAGAACGACAUCCGCGUGGAGAUCGUCCACAAGGAGCCGGCCUCGGGCAGGGAGGCGGAGGAGCACCCAACCAUCAAGCAGCUGAUGAGCCAUCGGUUCAGGCAGCCCGGCCCCGUGGGGAAUCCGAGCCGCAAUCUGAGCUCCGCGGAGGCGAGGGAUCUGAAAGGCGUGGUCUCGGCCAAGAACGACAUCCGCGUGGAGAUCGUCCACAAGGAGCCGGCCUCGGGCAGGGAGGCGGAGGAGCACCCAACCAUCAAGCAGCUGAUGGCCCCCCCCACCGGCUACUACAGCGUGAACACCUUCAAGGAGCACCACUCGACGCCCACCAUCUCGCUGUCGGGCUGCCCAGCCGACCUGCGCCCGGCCGGCAAGCAGCGGGUGCCCACGGGCAUGUCCUUCACCAACAUCUACAGCACCUUGAGCGGGCAGAGCCGCCUCUACGACUACAGCCAGCGCUUCGUGCUGGGCAUGGGCAGCAGCUCCAUCGAGCUGUGCGAGCGCGAGUUCCAGCGCGGCUCGCUGAGCGACAGCAGCUCCUUCCUCGACACCCAGUGCGACAGCAGCGUCAGCAGCAGCGGCAAGCAGGACGGCUACGUCCAGUUCGACAAGGCCAGCAAGGCUUCCGCCUCCUCCUCCCACCAUUCCCAAUCCUCUUCCCAAUCCUCAGACCCCGCAGAAUCCCCAGUCCCACAGCAUCUGCAGACCCAGCAGAAUUUCCAGUCCCAGAGCUGCCCUGCACAACGGGCAGCUCUCACCAGCUCGCGGCCUGAGGAGAGUCAAGCAGCGAGGAAGAGGUCGGUGUAUCACCGAAUGAGGAAGAAAAACUCCACCAAAGCUGGGAAGCAGCGGCCCAGUCCCUGUUAA